AUGUCAAGACCUCUGGACCUGUCGUCGUCGGAAGACGAGUCCCACUUCCAGCAUAACUUUAACGUGCCUGCGGUGAACUUAGCAUCGCUUCGGAAGAACAAUAAGAAGCAGAACGCCAAAACCAACUUGGUCAAGGCAAAGAAGAAGAUUACUGGCAAUGCCAAUAGAAACGUCAAGUACCUGGGCGAAGAUGUCCCACAUAAUAGAAACACCAUGGUGAGUACUUCGUCUCAUAACAACGUGGAUUCGUCGCUGUCUGAUCUGGACUCGGUCUCCAUGUCGUCUUUGGCCCGUGCUCGUGAGGAGGAGGGUGCUAAGGAUCUUCCCAACUUUGCUUUCAGGAUGCCAGAACAAAGAGGUGGAAAUGACGAUGACGAUGAUGACGAAUCUGACGAUAAUGACGAAACUGCCAUGCCUUUGGAAAUUGAGGAUUCUUCUGAUGAAGAGGAUGACGAAGAAGAGGUGGAUCCUAAGGAGUAUAGAAAACCACCUCCUCGUGGACGCAGUUCCAUUGGCUCUCGCCAAUCCAAGGGCUCUAAUAGUACCCACUCAAGGUCUGGCUCGCACGAGGUUGACCUUGCUGACGUUAGAAGAACGUCUUCUCAUACAUCUCGUAACUCGAGAAAGAGCAGCAGUAUCAGAAACAUCUUUAGAAGGCAGCUGUUGCUAGAUCAGGCUGAUAGUGCCGAUACCCCCUCUCGCUCAGACACAUUUAUUGGCAGAGUGCUAAAUAUGGGCGGCGGUGGCCUCAGUGGAGGCGGCUUGGCGCCUGGAGCUUCUAGGGCUGGUGAGCACCCAGGCAUAGAUGAAGAGGAAGAAGUGGGUGGUGAAGCAGAGGACCACGCCAUAGAAAUGCAAAACUUAAACUAUGCCGAGCUUAAUGAAGCUGCUAGGGAUUUGAUUGAUAUCCAUGCCCCAGAGCUCAAGGAAUCGAAGCGCAUGAACAGGGUUGCUUUCGAUACCCCUGAGGAGAAGAAUGAAUUUACCGAUGUUGAUUUACAGGAGGGUUCCUCCUUGGAUCACGAACAGGAGGAGAAGGCGAAGGAGCCAGAGAGAAGUAGCAGCCACAAGAGACAAGCCACUAUCGAUUCGGCUGAUAAUCCAUUCUACCAGCCCAACCCUGACUUGCUCCGUGACAACUUAGAUGAUGAUUUACAGGACGAUGACUUGCUUCUUGCCGAAGGCGGUGGUGAUGACUACGUUGCUCCUCCCAAACAAGUGCAUGCUGGUGUGCUUUCAUCCUUGUUGAAAUUAUACCAGAACCAAGGAGCCAGCAAGUCUACUGCCUCCUUCAACUCUUCCACAAAUACCAUGCUUGCUGAUGAGCAGUUUGAUGACAGUGAGUACAAUUCUAAGAACGUUAGUCAACAUGACUUUACUCAGCUCAAGAACAAUAUCAAACUGGGCCCCAAGAGAUUGGCCAAUAAGUUCAAGAAAAAGACUGAAAAGCCGGGAAAUGGUUCAGAUGAUGAAGAUUUCGACGAAGAUGCUGCUAAGUUACCCUCGUUUCAAAAUGCCCGUCCAAAGGCACCUAAGCAAAGCAGCAGCAACCGUCUAGGGAAGAAAUUGAAGAAGAAUAAGGACCAGAAGUUGCGUAUUACUGUUCACAUUGCCGAUAUUCUUCAAAGACAGCGUUUCAUCAUUAGAAUCUGUCGUGCACUCAUGUUGUAUGGUGCUCCAACCCAUAGAUUGGAAGAGUAUAUGGUCAUGACAAGUCGUGUGCUUGAGAUUGAUGGCCAGUUCGUCUAUUUCCCUGGUACAAUGCUUAUCGCUUUCGGUGACGCAGCAACCAGAACAUCCGAAGUUCACUUGGUCAGAUGUGCUCAGGGUCUCAACUUGUCGAAGCUUUCGGAUACCCAUAAGAUUUACAAGGAUGUGAUCCAUGAUUUGACCAGUGUGGAGGAGGCCACAAGGAAGCUUGAAGAGUUGUUGAGAAGAAAAAACCAAUAUCCUCCUUGGGUAAGUGUAUUCCUUUAUGCCCUAGGAUCAUGUUCUGUGUGUACUUUCGGUUUCGGUGGUGGAUGGCUUGAUGUGCCUAUUUCCUUCGGUCUUGGUGCAAUUGUUGGGUAUUUGCAAUUCUUUGUAUCUUCGAAGUCACAUUUGUAUUCUUCUGUGUUCGAAGUCACAUCGUCGAUUGUUGUCUCCUUUGUUGCAAGAGGAAUCGGUUCUGCUAAUGGUGGUGAUACCUUCUGUUUCGGUGCUAUUGCGCAAGGGUCACUAGCGUUGAUUUUACCGGGUUAUAUUAUUUUGUGUGGAUCGCUAGAGUUGCAAUCGAAGAAUAUCGUUGCAGGCUCUGUAAGAAUGUUUUAUGCGAUUAUUUAUUCGCUAUUUUUGGGUUUUGGUAUUACACUUGGAGCAGCUUUAUACGGUUGGGUUGACCUGAAUGCCACCGAUCAAGCGCAGUGUACUGCAAAUCAUGAAUUGAGACACGAGUGGAGAAUUUUGUUUGUCCCCCUUUUUACAACGUGUCUUGGGUUGAUUAAUCAAGCACGUUUCAGGCAAUUACCGGUGAUGCUUUUCAUUUCUUGUACUGCCUAUGUGGGAACAUAUUUCGCAGGUAAGCAUUUCCAGAACGUCACAGAAUUCACAGCUGCCAUUGGUUCUUUCAUCAUUGGUAUCCUAGGAAAUAUGUACUCGCGUGUCGGAAGAGGUAUGGCUGUGAGUGCUAUGCUUCCAGCCAUCUUCGUGCAAGUGCCAUCUGGUAUCGCAUCCAAGAGUACGUUAUUGGCUGGUGUUGACACUGCCAAUCGAAUCACGAACGCCACUAAAGGGGCCAUUGGUGAUGGUGAGACUACAUCGUCAUCUUUGAGCUUCGGUGCUACGAUGGUGGAGGUGUCGAUUGGUAUUUCUGUGGGAUUAUUCGCUGCUGCGUUGGUUGUCUACCCAUUUGGUAAGAGAAGGACGUCUCUUUUCACGCUUUAG